AUCUCGGAGAAGGAGGUUCCAGCGGAGGCAAGAGAAAGCCAGAUUUAAACAAAGGGAAGGAGGACGGUUGAAGGCGAGGAGCGAAUAGGAGAGCGGGGACCGGCACAAGGAAGGAGACACAGCGUUUUGUGAAGAAGAGAAAGCGAGGAAGCGGAGGAGGGAGGAGUAGAGAGGAGAGGAGAAAAAGAGGAGGGGGAACAGGAAACGCGAUCACUUUCAGCUGCAGCCGUUCCUGCCGCAGCAUGGGCAAUGCACCAUCCCAAGGCAUGUCAACCCUAUCUUUAUGCAUGCUUGUGCAGCAUUUUUCUCUCGCUUCAGAGUGUUGUUGCCAUUCAAGCCAGCUGGCUGUCCUCCUGUUACACUCUGUGGGAGCUGGGGAUGGGGUGGAUGGAGGGGGUGGAGAGCAGCAUCGCUCGAGGAAAGUGAUGCUGAGGUGUCAUCAGGUAGAUGAUAGCUUUAAGGUGUCCGGCAGGAGACCAGGUGAUGGAAACACUGGGUGGAGGCUCCAUGUGUAUGAGCAGCAACACAUGGGAGGGGGCUGGUAGAGAGCAAAAGUAGCAUCAGUGAAGCAGGUGGAGCUGGUGGGUGUGAUCGUGUAAGUGUGUGUGUGUGUGUGUGUGUGUAAGAAAAAGUGAGUAGUGACAGAUUUUUGUUUUGUGUGUAGUCAGGAGUGUGAUUGUGUCGUGUGUGCAGCAGCUGCUGUAGAGCACACGGAGAACCUUUGGGAAUGAAGUCGCUCCGAGGUGCAUCUGUGUGGAAAAGGGAAGGAUAUACAGCAACAUGAAUAAGAUGGAUAAAAGAAUGCGUAUUUAAUAAGAAAAUAAGGGGAAUAGGGUAUAGCUUUGAGGGAAUUUGAUUGGAUGGAUGAACAAGGGGGUCGACUCCCAAAUCCCUUGGGUACCAAAUCCCAUCUUUUUGUCAUUCCGUCAUUCAUUUCAGUCCACUCGAUCUCCCUUUUAUAGCCUCUUUGGCAAAACUCAGGCAGGAAAGUUUUGCAGCAAUAUAAAAACAGACUGAAAAUGCAAUUCUGAUUCCUGAAAAGCAACACGAGAAUAAAAGAUGGAGGCAAAAGCGUUGAGAUCUAGAAGAAUCUGUGAGAACAGUCUCACCUUGGGUUUAAAGAUACGUCGGAUGACUAAUAAAAGAAAAAGAAAAGGAAACGGAUAAACACUUUUCAAAGAGAGGGAGGAGGGCAACAUCACACAGCUCCGGGAAAUUCAGCCACUUUCAUUUCUCUCUCUUACUUUUCACUCCCUCACCUUUUCUUCCUCCCCUCCUCUUCCUCCCUCACUUGCUUCUCACCGAGGGACAGUCUGGUAGCUGCUGGCUAAAAGGGAAAGAAGACAAGAGGGAGGCAAAAUGAAAGACGGGGAAAGAAUGAAAGGAGGUUCAAAAGAGCAGAAGAUAAAAAAAUGGUUUACUCGUAGAUGGACCGCCAACGCCGGGGCCUGUUUCCCUAAGCAAGAUCCCGAGCGCGGUGGCAGUCACAUGAUCUCGACAGAUGACUUGGAGUAUCCGCGAGAGUACCGGACGCUGGGGAACAGCGCUCGGCGGUUCUCCAAUGUUGGCCUGGUGCACACGUCUGAGCACCGGCACACUGUCACCGCCGCCCAGAGCCUGGAGGCCCUGACCAACUUGCACAAGGCCGACAUGGAACGUAAAAGAGACGCCUUCAUGGAUCACCUGAAGAGCAAGUACCAACAGCAGCAGCAGCAGCAGCAGCUGCAGCAUCCGCACCACAGCCCCCACCACAACCCACCAUCACCCUCUCCCUCCCACGCCAGCAUGAGGGGCACUUCAGAACGCUCUGCCCGAGAACAGCAACAACCCAACUACUGGAGCUUUAAGAGCCGCAGCCCACGACAUUCCCAGUCCACCCAGUCUGGGCUUGCCGACCAGGCUGCCAAGCUUUCCUUUGCCUCCGCUGAGUCCCUGGAGACCAUGUCAGAAGCAGACAUUCCUCUAGGGUUCAACCGGAUGAACCGAUUCCGCCAGAGCCUGCCCCUGUCUCGCUCAGCCAGCCAGAACAAGCUACGGUCUCCAGGCGUGCUGUUCCUGCAGUAUGGAGAUGAGACACGUCGGGUUCACAUCACCCACGAGCUGAGCAGCAUGGACACGUUGCACGCUCUCAUCGUGCACAUGUUCCCUCAGAAGUUGACAGCGGGUAUGCUAAAGUCUCCCAACACGGCGAUUUUGAUCAAAGACGAGGCCCGAAAUGUCUUCUAUGAGCUGGAGGACAUCCGGGACAUUCAGGACCGCAGCAUCAUCAAGAUUUACCGCAAAGAGCCCAUUUAUGCGUCUUACCCCGCUACCGCACACCUGGCUAACGGAGACCUGAGGAGAGAAAUGGUGUAUUCCUCUCAUGAAUCCUCCCCAACACGCCGCCUUAACACCCUCCCAUCCUCCACAACCUCAGCAUCCUCUGGCUCUCCGUCCCGCUCACGCCUCUCCUACAGCGGGGGUCGCCCUCCUUCCCUCUCCGGGAACCAUCCCCAACACGAGCAGCCCAGACAUCCACACCAUCACGCAGCUGGCCACGGUGUCAACGCCGGUCUGUCUCCUUCACCCAGUGCCAUCCUGGAGCGCCGUGAUGUCAAGCCUGACGAGGAAGUUUCUGCUAAGAAGUUGGCUCUAAUGAAAAGUGAGGGGCUGUACGCAGACCCUUACAGCCUGAUGAACGAGGGCCGUCUCAGCAUUGCCUCCACCCAGUCGUUGGCCACCAUUGGUGACCCCUUCAGCUACCCUGUUACCACCGGGCUGUACCGUCGCGGCUCUGUUCGCUCCCUCAGCACCUACUCAGCUGCUGCUCUCCAGGGAGACCUGGACGAUGCGUUUUAUAAGCCCGGCGGUUCACUCUACUCUGACACAUACUCCUCCGCCACCCUGGGGAUGGGUUUUCGCAUGCCGCCUUCAUCUCCACAAAAAAUCCCAGACAUGCAGCUGAGGGACAGGGAUUCUUACUCCAGUUCACCAAGGCCUUCACCUGUCAGGCAGAGUUUCCGCAAAGACUCUGCUUCUUCCUCCGUGCUUGUGGAGAGUCCAAAGUCCAGGCCCAGCUCCGGCUCAGAGCCCUUGUGCCUCACAGGUGUACCAGGAGAUGGAAGCAGGGGUGGCUUUGGUUCUUUAUCUGGACAAGAUGCAGAAACCAGUAGGGACCAUCGCCUGGAGCGUAUGGAGGCCAUGGAGAAGCAAAUAGCCAGCCUGACCGGCCUUGUCCAGAGUGUGCUGACCAGAGCACCAGACAGCGACAGCACAUGCGGCCUGCUUCGUCUCUGCAUGAUGGCGGGCUGCCCUCCAGACCAAGGGACGGACUUUUCACGGCCAUUGCCUUUCUCUUCCAGCGAGAAGACCGAAACUAACAGUGACGGCUCCGCCACUGGAACUGGAUGGCCGAAGAAGAAAGCAAACACACCGUCAGCACCUCUAGCUCUGAUGCCUCCCCCUCCGUCUAACACAACGCCCGUGAAUGGCGUAGGGCGCCUGCAGAUCAAGCUCCAUUUACACGGUCUGCAGCAAAAUGCCAUGGAUCUACGCAAACAGCUCACUCAGCUACGCAAGAUGCAGGUUGAGAACCAGGAUUCAGUGAGAACUUUACUGAAAUGCACAGAGGCAGAGUUGAACAUUCGUGUGGCAGAUGCCCUGAGGAAGCAGGAGGAUCCUCUGCAGAGACAGCGCCUCCUUGUGGAGGAGGAAAGACUCAAGUACCUUAAUGAGGAGGAACUGAUCAUCCAGCAGCUCCAUGACCUGGAGAAGUCGGUGGAGGAGAUCCAGAAGGACACGUCUGUCAACCACAAGCUGGUGACGGUGCAGGAGCUGGAGGAGAAGGCUAAUGUUCUGCGAAAGCUGGGAGAAACACUCACAGAGCUGAAAAAUCAGUUCCCAAGCCUUCAGAGUAAGAUGCGGGUGGUGCUGCGGGUGGAGGUGGAAGCAGUCAAAUUCCUUAAAGAAGAGCCACACAGACUGGACGCCUUGUUAAAACGCUGCAAGACUAUAACUGACACCCUCAAUACGAUGCGCAGGCAAGCAAAUGAAGGGGUUUGGAAAAAGCAAGACAACUUCACUAAUCCUUUAUCAAAGCACAACGAUGAAUUGCAAAAAUUUCCAGGCUUUGACAUCCCCACCAGCCCACCGUUGACCAUCAGUGACCUUGGGGGAGGGAACAGCCUCUCUAACUGGAGCCCUCACUCCAGCCUGAGUCGAGGUCUUGGUAAUCCAUCCAGCUCUCAUAAGGACAAUCAUCCUCCCAUUCCCCACAAGGGCAAAGCCCUGGAGGAGCUGGAGCGCCGAGCUGCUGCUGACAAAGCUUUAUCCAUGGAAGUCCGACUGGCAGCAGAGCGGGACUGGGAGGAGAAACGAGCCAGUCUCACCCAGUACAGUGCACAGGACAUCAACCGGCUGCUGGAGGAGACGCAGGCGGAGUUAAUGAAGGCCAUUCCAGACCUGGAUUUUGCUGCCAAGCAGAUCAAGCCUUCAUCCAACACACCGCCAACCCAGAACCCCCAGGGUUCAGCAGCGACUCCAGAACACCGCUCAAACAAGCCUCAACACAAGCUUUCUGCAAAAGAAGGAGGAUCCAGGCGCGGCUCUGAUGAGCUGAGCAUACCCAGGUAUCGCACAGAGAAGCCCUCCAAGUCUCCUCCACCUCCACCGCCUAGACGCAGUUUCCCCUCCUCACCGGGACUCACAUCUCGCAGCGGAGAGCCGCUGAUUCCUGGAAAAAGCAUAAAAAAAUCUGAGUCUGAUGAGACCGAGGCACAAAAACCCCACACAAAACUGAGGAGGACCAUGUCUGAAAACCCUCGUCCUGCAUCCACACCCCCGACUCUGGCCUCUGGAGAGACAGAGGAACGAGAGGAGGAUAGGAUUGCUGCUGAAUUGGAGCUUUUUGAGAGAGUCCCAAUCAGGCUCCCCCGUCCCCAUUCGCUAAUCCUCCCCGUUAGCCAAAGCAGCAGGGAACACGCCCCCCCCUCCAGAUGGGACCUGUGGCCUCUACAGGCCUCAGGCUCUACUGAGGGAAGAAAAUGCCCUGCUGUCCCCCACAUCGUGCUGACAGAGUCUUUGCCAUCUUCUCUCGGUGAUUCAGAAAAUCCUGUAAAAGAUUUAACAAAUGACAUCCAAGAAGAGAGUCCAGCACGAGAUCUGAGUGGGUGUCGUUUGGUCUACGAGACUAUAGGUUCAGGGCAAAUGUCCUCAGAAGAACUUGCUCUACAACAGAGGGAGUUGCGUUGUUUGGAUAAAGAGUUCCAACAGGAAACAGCUCUGAUUGUGACAGACCUGGACAUGAUGGUGGUGUCUCCUCGUGAGGUCCAGGAGCUUCAGAGAACAGAAGUUCUAACUCUUACUAUCUCACCACAGACUAAAGAAGUCUCUGAAGUGGAGCUGAAUAAACGACCUGUCCUUCUGCUUUUUGAUAAAGAAUAUGCUCCCAGAGACGCCUACAGACUGCUGUACUCCCUGCUGGAGCGGUCUAAACCAGUUCCCAAACCCAGAAUCAAAUUCUCUCACCAACCCAGCCAACCGAUCACUCUAAUGGAGGCUCUAAGGAGAGGGAUAGAGACGGGGGACCAGUUGCUUGUGUUUCAACACAAUAACAACACAGUGCAGGAGAGCACUUUACACUGUAGCUCUGAGGACAGUCUCUCCACCAGUGAGAGAAGCAUGACCCAAGACGUCCGACUCAGCACCUACAAGAGGCUGGACAGCUUGGAGGAAACGAUCAGAGAGCUGGAGAACACCUUGAUAGAGAUCAGUGGUCAUCCAGUGACGGAUAAACUCUACGCUGGGGAAACCACUCCUGCAGAAAGGAUUGGCAGUUUGACUUCAGAGACCAGGAAACCAACAGUUCCACCCAAACCAUCAUCGCUGAGCCCAGCAUCAGUCCAGGGAAGUAAUAACCCCAGCGUUGGUAAGACUCACUCCUCAGCUGCUUCAAAGCUGAAACACCUGCAGCAGAACACCACAGAGAAGACUAAAAGUGGCAAGAAAGAGGAUUUACUGAAGAGCCAGGGCCAGCAACAGCAAUGAACGGCCCGUUCGUAUCCAGCCUCCUCUUCAGCCUCCCUCUCCUCCCCCUCACCUGACUACAGAGAUGCACAAAUAUCAGCCCACUUUGCUCCUCUCACACCUCCAGUGCUGAAUUCAAAAUGUGUUCUGAAACCUGUUCAUUCAUAGGAGAGUGUACGUACGUACGUACGUACGUGUGUGUGUGUGUGUGUGUGUGUGUGUGUGUGUGUGUGUGUGUGUGUGUGUGUGUGUGUGUGUGUGUGUGUGUGUGUGUGUGUGUGUGUGUGUGUGUGUGUGUGUGUGCAAGCAUGCUCACACAGGCAUGUUUGGGAGUAGUGAUGAAGAAAGAUGCUGCAGGGAACACUACCCAGCCAAUUUGAAGACAUUUAAUUUUUCAUGAUUUCCCUCUUUGACCCCUGAAAUCCUCAUCUCCUCCACCCCUCCUAUCUUCUGUGUCCCUGCUCUACUUGAAGGCCUCGGGGACCGGCAGCGCUGGAUGCUUUGAACCGUACCUCUCUGGUUUCAAAACGGGGAUUUUUUCAGGCCGUGUGCCCUCUCCCGUUGCAGCGUUUGCCCCCGGCCUGAGGAAGUGCCCCUACGAGGGGGCGGUGCCCUCGCUGACAGUCUCUUCAAGCCAAGCGAAAGCCCUCUUGGCGAGUCUGUCAGCCUCUGGCCUGACCGCUGAGGCCUUGCUCCUGUCCUCUGCCCUCCGUCAACGCCGCCUUCUCCGUGAGCAGAGGGCCUCCUCCCUCCCCAGCAGCCAGUCCUCCACCCCCUCAUCUUCCUCUUCUCCCACCACCCCUACUACGUCCCCAUCUCCCUCCUCUCCCACUCCCCCGGGCUCCUUUACGUUCUCCUCUGGGGCUGUCAAGCUCAGCAGACGAAGCCCUGCCAGUCCCCAACAACUCAACAACUGCAAGGAUGGUGAAAACUCGAAGUAAUUGGAGGAGGAAGAAUGCCAACAAGCAUCAUCAUCCAGGAAGUAAAGGUGUAAAUUACAGGAUUUUCUUAAAGUUUUCACUACUAUUAUGUUUCAGGACUGUGUUUUUUUUUCAGUUUUUCUCAUGAAAGUUGGACUUUUAGCUCUCAAAAUUCCAGUUGGAAACUGCAUCUCGGACAAGAUUUCUUCCCCGAUCUGGUUUUCCUGCAGUUCUCCCACCCAGUCCUGCUGCCUAACAGAGAGCACACAGAAGGGCCUCCCUUUUCAGCAGCUGCCUGAAUCCUCACAUAGCCUCAUUCAGUGGAUUGUUAGUGGCAUAGAUAACAUAUCUAGACUGUGAUGAUAGAAAAUAGAGUUGCAAUAACCACUGAGUAGGUCCAAUAGUUACUUGUUAAGGAGAAUAUUGCUCUUCUUUUCCUGGCAAAACCCAUCUGCAUAGGAAACAACUAAAAAAGACCAAGGUGAUGAUUGUGGUUUUAUGUUAAAAAAGGGAUGUUUGUCGUUUUUCUUGCAUCAGCUGAGUUUGAAAAGUUAAACUGGUGCUAUCUUUUCUCACCUGUUUGUACCAACUUGAGAGUUUACGUGUGCAUCAUUUGUCCUACAGUCUGCUUCAUCGUUUCACACUGCCCUAUGAUUUUGUGGGUAAUUAAAUCCCUGCAUUUACUAAUAGGGAAUAUUUAUAGGUUUUAAUUUAAUUGGACAAGAAAAAUAAAAUUGCUAAGAGCACAUUAUAGUAAGACACACCUGUGUUUACAGCAGAAUGGGGGGGGGGGGGCUAAACAAGCAGAAGGGGACAAAUCAUGUUCUGUAUACAAAUGGUGAUUUUGUGUUUGUGUGAAUUAAUGAGUUAAUUAUGACAAUCAGGAUGUUUCCACAGUAGCAUUUCACAGGUUGCUCUGACAUCUUAGCACCUGACAUCUAAACUCAUCCCAAAGACACACACACACACAUUUUUUCACACAUGCACUUCUUAAGCCAAGUUGUACAGCACAUCGGGACAUUUAUUUUAUUUUGUUAAUCUAUUAGCAAAGAAGAUGUAUGCUCAGUUGCACCUGAUGAAGAGCAUUUGGGUGAAAUUUGCCAUUAUGAUCAGAUUCUUUCACCUCUAAAGAAUCUGCAGGCUACAUUUCUGUUGUUUGCAGCUUUGAGUUUAACGUUAACCAGCUGUGAAGCUUCGAGAGUUCUUAGCGUGCACAUCUCAACUAGCGUUUUAAAAUGAUGUAUCGAUAGCACAUAUUUAGAUGCCAGCUAUUUAUCAGUAGAAACUCAGAAGAGAAUAUAGAAAUACAUAUUUUUAAAUAGCACAUUUCUUCCUCACACACAGAAUCCUCCUUUAACAGUAACCAGCUCAUUAUUUUUCUGUUAUUCGUUGUUGCUGUGAAAAUAUUAACGAGAAAAAAGAAAAUGCAGAAAAUAAAAAGACAUAUUUAAAAAUGGAGCUUAUUUUGAUUUUGAUGCCAUCAUGUUUGGAAACAGAGAAAUCUCCCAGAGUCUCUGAUGGAUAAAGAUGAAUGAAACGUCUGAUUUUAGGAUUAAUUCAGUUAUUUUUAGCCACCAAUGAAAUAGUCAGAUUUCAGUGAGAUCUUUGUGCAAAAGAAAUAUGAGUCUGAUACAAAAGUUAGCAUGCUUGAUAUCAAUACAUGAUUAACAAAAUAAGCAAUAAAUGAUUUAUGAUCUCGUUAUUUAUGCAGAAUGAAAUAUCUAAUAAUUUAAUUUUAAUAUUUAUAUUUUUCUAUCAAUAAUAGAAUAGAAUAAAUGGAAUAGAAAAUCUCUUUAUUGUCCCUCAGUGUGGAAAUGUUGAUGUCACGGUAGUAGUUACGUUCACAACAGGAGCAAAGAAGAGUAAACAACCAACAAAACAUACAAGCAAGAAAUAA